GAAUCUGCUUGUGUGCGUGUGUAUGAGUGAGAGUGUGUGUUUGUGUGAGUGUGUGUGAGAGAGACAGCCAUGGCUGGUUAAGACUGAAGCGAUUUACUCGCCCCUUGCACUGAAGAAGCUGGAAAGGAGGGGAGGGCGUUUGAAAGUAGGCUCCAAACUUCAGCGUCCAUCGCUCUCCAGAAUCAUACACAGACGUACUAGGCUACUCGCGUAAAGACACCUAGACACGCCAAACAAGCACGAAUUCGACUGGGGGAGUCUUACCUGAACAUCAAGCCUACAUGUGAGAGACCGUCAGAAUUUGUAAAGGACUUGUGGGGGACACUCCAUCUAAACUUGGGACCCCCAGGCUCCAGCAGAGCAGGUCACUCAGCUUUCAGAAGGACCUGUGUAUUGUGGACUCUGCUGACCUCAUCCAGAACAGCAAGGACCUCAAUGUCAAUCUCUUGCCCGUUCUUCCCAAAGUUUCAGAACUGAGGAAGCGUUUUGAGAGCAUCAGCACCAGUGCCAGUGACUGGGAAAUGAACCGGAAAGAGCGGAUAGCGCGGCGUCUGGAGGGGAUCGAUGGCGAACUCCAGCUGUCCAGCUGCACCAGCCUGGUGUCCAACCGGCUCCUUGAAGAAGACACUCCCCGAUACACACGCGCCACCGACGCCUGCGACCCCUGCAUGGUGUCCAUGCAGCGCUCCAUGAAGUCUGACGGUGACCUGUCACUGGACGAUCAGGCCCUUGCGUCGGAGCGCCAGUCUCGCCCGCGCACCCGCACUGACGUCCCCCCCACCGCCGCCCCCAGCCAGGGUCCGAGCCAGGCCCCACUGCCCGGCGACUCCAAGGCCGAGCGCAUCGCCCGCUACAAGGCCGAACGCCGGCGCCAGCUGGCCGAGCGCUACGGCAUCUCCCUGGAUCCCGAGGCCGAGCCCGACUACUCCUCCGCCCGCUACUCCUCCUCCUCCUCCUCCGCCGCCGUCGCCGCCCGCCGACGCCAGUCGGACGCGUCUGACCGCAGCGCCGCCUCCGAGCGGCCGGCGUCCAGGGAGGAGGAGGUCAGAGGUCAGCAGCAGCAGCAGCGGCCGACCCGCUCCUCCAGCCUGCAGACGCACGCGGCCCCGGAGAUGGCCCCGCAGCAGCAGCACACACACGCGUACACACACUCGGCGGAGCGGGGCGAGGCGCUGUCGGAGCGCGAGCGGAGGAUGAACCUGGAGAACCAGCGGCGGGCGCAGGAGAGGGGCAUGAUGGGUGGAGGUGGAGGAGGAGGU